AAAUCGUCUAAACAACAACAACAACAACAACAACAACAACAACAACAACAACAACAACAACAACAACAACAACAACAACAACAACAACAACAACAACAACAACAACAACAACAACAACAACAACAACAACAACAACAACAACAACAACAACAACAACAACAACAACAACAACAACAACAACAACAACAACAACAACAACAACAACAACAACAACAACAACAACAACAACAACAACAACAACAACAACAACAACAACAACAACAACAACAACAACAACAACAACAACAACAACAACACCAACAACAACAACAACAACAACAACAACAACAACAACAACAACAACAACAACAACAACAACAACAACAACAACAACAACAACAACAACAACAACAACAACAACAACAACAACAACAACAACAACAACAACAACAACAACAACAACAACAACAACAACAACAACAACAACAACAACAACAACAACAACAACAACAACAACAACAACAACAACAACAACAACAACAACAACAACAACAACAACAACAACAACAACAACAACAACAACAACAACAACAACAACAACAACAACAACAACAACAACAACAACAACAACAACAACAACAACAACAACAACAACAACAACAACAACAACAACAACAACAACAACAACAACAACAACAACAACAACAACAACAACAACAACAACAACAACAACAACAACAACAACAACAACAACAACAACAACAACAACAACAACAACAACAACAACAACAACAACAACAACAACAACAACAACAACAACAACAACAACAACAACAACAACAACAACAACAACAACAACAACAACAACAACAACAACAACAACAACAACAACAACAACAACAACAACAACAACAACAACAACAACAACAACAACAACAACAACAACAACAACAACAACAACAACAACAACAACAACAACAACAACAACAACAACAACAACAACAACAACAACAACAACAACAACAACAACAACAACAACAACAACAACAACAACAACAACAACAACAACAACAACAACAACAACAACAACAACAACAACAACAACAACAACAACAACAACAACAACAACAACAACAACAACAACAACAACAACAACAAUGGACACUCCAACAGCAAUUUCAACACAAAUAGUAACAAUAACUGUCACAACAAUAAUAAUAAUAUGUCAUUACAAUAUACCUUACCCUUGGACAAGGACUUACUAGCAACUGCACGGGUUCAAUUCUCCGGGCAUCCAGAUACUGCCUCAAAAUUCAUAAAUUUUCAGAAAGGUGAAACAAUCAACCCUUACAAAGGAACAAGAAGUAUUCAAAACAACACUACUCCGGUCUUAGGAAGUAAUGACAUCGAAGCUGCACCAUCCGCUAACUAUGUGAACACAUCUUCAAUAUCACAGAACAUAAAUACAUCUGCAAUAUCACAGGACAUGAAUACAGACAGCCAAUUCGAAAUUGAUACAAUGCGUUCUCCAAUUGUACGUCUUACUUCACAAUCUGCAAAUGGCGACGAACGCUUCUUAAAAGCAAGGCUUCGUGACCCUAAAAUAAUGCACGUCGUACGUCUGUAUUUGUUAUACAUGAAAAAUCAACAACCUACAGCAUGCAUCGAGGGUAUGACAUAAACUAGUAUAAAAAUGCUAUUAGCAUCAGAAGGCCUUCCAAC